AUUCACCGUUCUCCAUCAUGCGAUCAGGAUCAGUCGUAGGCCUCCUAGCACUCGCCGGAGUAGCCAAUGCGUUCUAUAUCCCGGGAACACAUCCUACGAAUUACGAUGUUGGCCAGGAAGUCCCUGUCACGGUCAAUGUUUUGACCCCGGAUACGGAGGGAAAUAGUCAGACAUUGAAGAGUUUGAUUUCAUAUGAUUAUUACCACCCUUCUUUCCACUUCUGCCAACCACAAGGCGGACCAAAGCGAGUAUCAGAGUCCCUAGGCUCAAUUAUCUUCGGUGACCGGAUCCAGACAUCACCAUUCGAUGUCUCGAUGCAAACAGAUACAGAAUGCUACCACCUCUGCACCUCCACCAUCCCCGCCUCCGACGCGAAAUUCGUGAACGACCGAAUUCGGGAAGACUACAAAUACAACAUCCUCGUCGACGGACUACCAGCCGCGAGGGUAAAGUACGAUACGCUAACAGAGACGGAGUAUUACUCGAAUGGGUUUGAGUUGGGGGAGGUUAUUGGGGCAGAUGAAAAUGGUGAUGGCGGGGUGCCGCAUCUGAAUAAUCAUUAUGAGAUUAUCGUGGAGUACCACCAGAUACAGGACAAGUACCGCGUGGUGGGGGUUAUCAUUCAACCUGAAUCUCGUGCUCACCGCGCAGAUCCUUGCGCGAAGACUGGAGAGGCCGUGACACCGAUGAUUUUGAGCGAGGAGACGGAUAACCAGGUGGACUACACGUACUCCGUCCGCUGGCAGCAUUCCGAUACCGUUUGGGCUACACGAUGGGAUAAGUACCUCCAUACCUCCGCUCCCCAGAUUCAUUGGUUCUCACUCAUCAACUCUGCCGUGAUCGUGGCGAUGUUGACCGCGCUCACGGCCGGCACUGUCAUCCGCGCCCUCCGCCACGACUUUGCCCGGUAUAACGCCCUCGACUUCGAUUCAGAAGAUGCCAUGGUCCAAGAAGACUCCGGUUGGAAACUGAUCCACGGGGAUGUUUUCCGCCCUCCACGUCGCCGCAUGACACUCUCCGUCCUCCUCGGAUCCGGGGCGCAGCUCUUUUUCAUGACAGGCGCCACGAUAUUAUUCUGCGCACUCGGUUUCCUGAGUCCGCAGCAGAGAGGGGGUGUAGGGACGUUCAUGGUGAUCGUGUGGACGUUGUGUAGUUUCGUGAGUGGGUAUGUCAGUGCGAGGACGUAUCGGACCCUUGGUGGGGAGGCGUGGAAGCAGAAUUUGGUGUUGACGCCUUUGUUGGUGCCUGGUGUUGUUUUUGGGACGUUUUUCCUGCUGAACCUCUUUUUGGUUGGGGCUGGGUCUUCGGGGGCGGUGCCGUUUGGGACGAUGGUGCUUAUCGUUGCGUUGUGGUUCUUGAUUUCGGUGCCGUUGAGUGUUGCUGGGUCGCUGCUUGGGUUUAGGCAGCCUCCCAUCGCUGCGCCUAUCAAGACGAACCAGAUCCCACGCCAAAUUCCGGAGCAGGUUACGUAUUUGAAGCCGAUUCCUUCGAUGAUGUUGGCGGGUAUUUUGCCGUUUGGUGCGAUCUUUGUGGAGUUGUACUUUAUUAUGAACUCCAUUUGGCAUCAUCAGGCAUACUAUAUGUUUGGAUUCUUGUUCUUGUGCUAUGGAAUGAUGAUUGUCACAUGUGCUGCGGUAACAGUCUUGAUGUCCUACUUCCAGCUGUGUUCCGAGAACUACCACUGGUGGUGGCGCUCGUUCUUCACUGCUGGCGCGACGGCUUUCUAUAUCUUCAUCAACUCGCUCAUCUACUGGGCGACCCGACUCUCGUUUGGAGGACACAAUGUGACGAGUAGCGUGCUAUACCUCGGAUACUCGCUCAUGAUCAGCUUCUUGGCAUUCGUGCUGACGGGGACGAUUGGAUUCUUCUCGACAUAUGCGUUCGUGAGGAAGAUCUAUGGAGCGAUCAAGGUGGAUUAACCUAGGUCCAGCU